AUUAAAGUGUUACAGCCCGGAUAAUGUCCCAUCAUACGUCACAAGCCGUGUUUCCACCUUCGUCCACCUGUAGGAGGCACUGAACACUCAGUUAAACCUUUCGCAAAUCUCGCUGUUUGUCCCUCGGUGCUUCCCGUAGUCAUUGAGAAAACAUGGCUUCACACACAUGUAAGACGUUUCUGUCCCUAGGUCGACUAAAUGUUUAUGGUCUUGGACUUCAGAAAUCAGUGAGCAGAGCCACAUACGCGACGGAUGUGUCUGUAAAUUCUAAUGCCAGAAAUAAAGGCUUUCCUGAUAGACUCACUAGAGGACUCAGAAAACCCAGGAGAUCUUCAGGGGAGCCCAGGACAGAAAAGAUGGCGGUGGACCAGGACUGGACUGCAGUUUAUCCAGCAGCGGCCCCCUUCAGACCGAACGUCGUCCCCCUGCCUGUGAGGAUGGGCUACCCUGUGAAGGGAGGCAUUCCUCCAGAGAAGAACGGCAACUUGGAGCUGAUCAAGAUACCCAAUUUUCUGCAUUUGACACCGGCAGCCAUCAAGAAACACUGUGAAGCUCUGAAACCAUUCUGCACAGAGUGGCCCUCCGCCUUGGACACUGACGCCAAAUGUGACGAGCACUUCCCCAUCAAAGUAGAAAGCACAGACUACGUGUCUGCCGGCCCGUCCAUCAGAAACCCUUCAGCUCGGGUUGUUAAUCUCAAAGUAAAGCUGUCCACUCUGAAUCUGGACGACCAUGCUCGCAAGAAAAUGCUCAAACUUGCCGGGGAGAGAUACUGCAAAGACACCGACAUCCUCACCAUCACAACUGAUAGCUGCCCAUUGAGACAGCAGAAUUAUGACUACGCCAUGUACCUGCUGACUGUCCUUUACCACGAGUCAUGGAAAACAGAGGCCUGGGAGGCUGAGAAGACUGUUGCAGACAUGGAGGAGUACAGCUGGGAGGACAGCCCAUCCCAAAAGAACAUCUUGAAUAUGCUAGUACGCAUGAAAGUGGCCGGGGAAGGAGAGGGCGAGGAGGUGCGAGAGCAGCUGCUGGGAAGACAAGAGGUUCAGGAGUAUAAGGACUGUGUCAUGAGGUUGAAGAAUGAAGGAGAGAGCGAGAGCAACAUGCUGCAGUACAAAGAAGCUGUCAAGAAAAUACUCAACUUGUAAUGCAACUUAAUGUACAAAUGUAUUUACAUGAAGACGACGACCAAGAGUAGCAGGGACCUCUAACAGGGUCCAUAAAAGCAUCUUUAAAUACUUGUGGCCUCAUUUUGGACUCCAUCUACGUUCCAGUAACACAAGAGAUUUCUGUAGAUUACUGUUCAAUAUACAUGAGGAUAUUACAGCCUCAAGGGUCUCAACUAAUGUAUUUAUUUUCCAAAACAUAAAGAGGUGUGUGAUGCAGUCUUUAAUACAAAAAUAAAAGCUGUUGAAAUGUUC